AUGACCACCAAUAUUUAUGGCAAGAAAGAAGAAAUAUUCGGGUACCAAACUUACUGGAGGGAGUUGGGGAAUCAUUUGUCAAAGCUUGAACUCUACCAAAAGUCUCUCAAGUACUACGAUGAGGCAGUUCUCAGAAACCCCACUAACAGGAAGACAUUAGUAGCACGAGCAAUAGCCCGUGGAAAAACAGGUUUUCAUCAAGGUGCAAUGGAAGAUUUGAAAAAUGCUCUGGAAGAGGAUCCUUACGAAUUGUUCACUUUAGCCAAAAAAGCUCACAUAACAUACUUGUCGUGUGAUUUUGAAGAGGGUCUAAUCCAAAAUUUGAGACAGUUAGCCACCAGGGGCAAACCUGAAGAUUUCUACAUAGGAAGAAUGAGCUGUUAUAGCGCAAUAGAAACCUGUCUGGGAGAAGUAGCCGGUAGAGCUUUGAGGAACCACUUUAAAAUUAUACGGAAACUAGCCUGGAAGAAAGACUGGGAAUCCAAGAAACCACCUGAGCCCAACUCAAAAAAGAAGAAAACACCAAAAAAAUUGAAAAUAACAAAACGCCACUAUGAGGCACCUGUAAAAGUAAGUUCGGAAUAUUUCGACCACAAUUCUUCCAAAACAGAAUUAUUAAGCAUAAAGAACAGUAUUCAUAGCUACAACCGACAGGUCUGUGAUGUUCCACCUUACCAUGGAAGUGUACAUUUCUCGCCCUUACAAAAGUAUACAAGCAAUCUGAAUAAGUACAUGGCUUCGAAAUACCUAGAUAUAAUAUACCACGAAAAAUAUUUCCUGAAAGACAUCCAGAGCGAACCGGGGCUGGUAUCGCCCAAUCACAAAGGGUACAAGCGUAUGAAAGAAAUCGCUAGGGAUUGUUUCUCUAAUAUUUGUCAUCAGCAAGAGGUACUUAGGGCACGAAGACCAUUCUACUAUAUCAAAUAUCAAGAAGCGAGUCUAUCUGCUUCUCUGAGGGCUAGGCAGGAGGAGGACUUACAUCUUCAGCAGCGGCAUUUGGAAAGAGAGGCUGAGAAGAUCCUUCUGAAACUACGAAACGCUGCUGAGAGAAAGAACUUGAGUGAAAUAUUGGAAAUGGCGGAAAAGCUCAAGCUUUACUGUGACUCAAAAACCAAACGACUCCUUCCAGCUAGAGACGAGUAUCUCAAAGAAGUUUUCCAAAAGAUGAGAAGAGGCUUCUACGAGCUCAACAGGUUGAACAGUCAGCUAAAUAGAUGGGACCAGAAUAAACGAAUUCAAGUAGCUUUGGGACAGCAGGUCAGUAGAACACCAUCCCAAGAUUCUGUUAUAAGUCAUUAUGAAACAUUCCAUGCCGACUACAAACAGUACAUCAAGGUUUAUACGCGUCGCUUGAAAAAAGCAGAAAUGGAAGAUGAAAUCUGUUGCUGUUACCACGAGCUUGCAAGGUUCCACAUGGAGCUGAAGCUAUUCGAACAAGCCAGAGCAAAUGCGAGGAAAUGCAUCAACACAGGUAAAGAUAGAGGCAAUCUAGAAUGGGAAGUAAACGGGCUGAUGUUGCUAUCGAGGAUUCAUAUGAGGGAACAGAACAGGAACGACGCAAUUGCUGAUGUGAAAGAAGCUCUUGGAAUUGCCGAGAACUUGAUGGACCAGCAGCUUAUCCACUAUUUGGAGAGAUGCUUGGAGGUUAUCGAAGACUCCGAAUUCCAUGAAAUGUCUCUGGAGAAGGAGAUAGAGAAGAGGGAGAAACGUAUAAUUGAAUUGAUAGCUAACCAAAAACUGAGAGAAGAGUUCAUUCAUCUGUUUGGGCUGAUGUCUUCUAUGCCGCAAAAUAGAAGGAUGUCUGUGAUGCCGGGUGUGAGAUUCAAUAUUGAGGAGGGGAAGUCUGGAAAGGGAAAGGCUCAGUCAAUAUUGAAAAGUUCUGCUAGAAUAUCUACUCAUAGUAUGAUGUCGAGACGAUCAUCCAAGAGUGGAAAGAGUACACCUAGCACUGGAGAAAGUCUCAUGCAACUCAUCCAGUUUCAUAUGUAG